AUACCGGCGAGACCACCACCACCGGGUGUCACCAGCAAUCUCACCAAUCCCGAUAGUACGGGAUACCAACAGACGAUAUGCAAUAUUAUCUGUGUCAUAUUUGUCACCAUUUUCGUUUCGAUGAGGAUAUACACGCGCAUCAAACUGGUCAAAUGUGUCAGUUGGGAUGACUUACAAUUCCUCUUCAAUCUUGCCCUAUAUACUGACAAUGUACAGGGUAAACAUUUAUGGAAUGUCAGUGUUGCAGACUUCUCGCCCGCCUUCCUGGAAGUUUGGACUUUUGCUGCCAUGAUCUACUCGGUAUGCAUGCUGAUCGUCAAGAUGUCGGUCCUAAUGCUAUACCGACGAUUGUUCCCUAUCGAGAACUUCAGAUACUUGUGGUGGAUAUGUGCAUUCUGCACUGUGGGUUAUGGUCUAGGUGCCAUCUUCUCAAGUCUCUUUGCCUGUGUGCCUGUUAGAGCUAAUUGGGACCUGGCUAUUCCUGCCUCGAGAUGUAUCAACAAGAAGGCAUUUUAUAUUGGCAAUGGUGUGAUGAAUAUCUCUACGGAUUUGAUGAUCUUGGCUCUGCCCAUACCAAUCGUAUGGAGAUUGACUCUUGAGCUCAGACAAAAGAUUAUUCUUAGCAUUGUCUUCACGCUAGGCUCGAUUUCCUGUGUCAUCAGUCUGGUACGCCUCCUUAGCAUCGUCACCUGGAUUCGCGUAGGCGACGACGAUAUCACAUAUACACUCCAGAGCAUCGUAGUCUGGUCCGAAAUCGAACUAGCAGCUUGUAUUCUCUGCGCCAACGCGCCCUGCCUGCGUCCAUUCUUCAAUACUCACCUCCCCUUCCUCUCUCUUCACACCCACCGCUCCUCCUCUUCAAACGAAAAAUCGAACCCUCUCGGCGGAGGAGGCAACAAUUUUCCUACUACAAUAGGCGGAAAGCGUUCACGCGCCAUCUCGCCAUGUCCUCUCUACGAC